AAAGCCAUGGGUGUCUGGACUUCUGGCACCAACACCCUCCUACAUCUCUGGAGGAUUUAUGUGCGUAGGAGAAGCCUGGGACGGGUGGACUUGGUCCAGCAUCUGGGAGCCUGUGGCCUGGUAGCUUUGAUUUCUGCCAGCCUCCUCUCUGUGGCCUUCUGCUGGCUCCUGCCGCCAGUCGCAGUGCUCCCCAGCUGCUGGGCUGUCACCUGGGCUCUGCUGGGCUGCUCCAAGCGUGCUCGAUGCUACCUUCUCCUGUUCUUUCUCUCCUGUGGCCUGCGUGAGGGAAAGAAGGCUUUGAUGGCAGCCGGCACAGGCAUAGCGAUCUUUGGACACGUAGAGAAUAUUUUUCGCAACUUUAAAGGUCUCCUGGACAGCAUGACCUGCAACCUAAAGGCAAAGAGCUUUUCCGUGCAUUUUCCACUUUUGAAAAGAUACAUUGAAGCCAUUCAGUGGAUUUAUGGCCUUGCCACUCCUCCGAACCUGUUUGAAGACCUGGUUUCUUGGAAACAGACCCUGGAGGUCUCUCUGUCCAACCCCAGCCACGCCCUGGCGGCGCAGCUGAAUGACACCGAAGGGGAGGUGCUGGGCGCCCUGUACCAUGUGGUGAGCACGGCAGAGGCCGCCUCCUCCCUGGGCCGGAAGCUUCUCACCUGCGCCGGGCUUUUGCUCCUCCUCCUCAGCACGGGCCUCUUCCUGAAGCGGUUUCUGGGCCCUCGCGGCUGGAAGCACGAAAACGUCUACAUCACCAGACAGUUUGUCCGGUUUGAUGAGGAGGAGAGGCGCCGGCACAGGCCCUGCGUGCUGCCCCUGAACAGGAAGGAGAGGAGCACCUACGCCUUCCUGCCCUCUUUCCGCCUGACCGCCAAGGACAGGAGGGCCCUGGGGCUCUUCCUGCUCCCGGUCCUGGCGCACCUCUGCGUGUGGGUGCUGCUCGCGGCCGUGGACUCCCUGCUGUACCGGCUCAUCCGCUCGGUGGGCGCGCAGCUCCGGGGCCUGCCAGGGCUGGAGGUCCGCCUGCAGCUGCACAGGGAGAAGCAAGGAGACAUCAUUCACAGUUCUUCCUUCAAUAUAUCUGUGUUUGAACCCGGCUGCCUCCCCAGCCCCAAGCUCCUCCUGUCUAAGACCUGGGCUCCCCUUGGGGUUAUCCUUGUGCUGCUAGCACUGCUGGGCCUGUUGUCCUCCAUCCUGAUGCAACUCAAAAUCCUGGUGGCCACAUCCUUCUACCCCAGGGUGGAGAAGGAGCGCACGCGAUACCUGCAUGCAAAGCUGCUUAAGAAGAGGUCAGAGCAGCUGCCGGGAGAAGCCAAAAGGAAACAGAAUCUGUACUUUACACAGGUCCAUUUCUGGCUUCCAGUGCUGAAAAUGGCCAGAAAGAAACACAGGGAUGCUGCACCUGAAGACAGUCUGUAAGGGGUGCUGAGCACUCCUUGGCCCGUGCCCUACCAUACCCUGGACACUGCUGUGGGCCCUGCCCAGCUGGCACCUGGGCUGCAUCACAAGGUCAUCCAGAGUGUGACCUUGUGGGGCUGCCUCGUCACUGGCUUUGCCCGGGAUGGACUGCUCACCACAAGGCUCAGUGGUCACCAGGGAAAUGCCUCUGGGGUCUGUUUUGCAAACAGCGAGGGAUCUCCACUGUGUCACUGUGUAACAGAACUCCACCCAGGCUCCCUUCUGAUUCAUCUCAACAGAGCACUAUUCAAAGAAAAACACACAGGAAAACUUAGAAAACAGCUGACGUCUCUACAGCAGUGUCACAUGCCAUGCCAAGGAGAACAUUCAUGUAUGAAACCAGCAAAAUCUCUUUUAGGUCUUUCAUGCUGUUCCCUACCCCCAGCGUCUUCCCCAAGCCCCUGAUUCACAACUGUUUCUGAAGCCACUUCCGUCAGUCCUCCAAUUCCCCCUCACUGCUACUUCCUCUCCUGUGCCCCACUUCCCCACGCCUUUCGUGUUGUCUCUUCCGGCAAACCAGAGGGAUUGAUGACAGGGUCCCUAGAGACCACAUCUCCCAAGUCACCUGACGGGCUUGUGAAAGUGCACACCCUGGACUGCUCUUACCUCCAACUAUCUCCACAUGAGGAGGAGAUGGUACUGAUCCGAAUACUCUAAAAUACCGCUUCUUUUAUCUCUAACGGCCAACAGACCCUUCCUCUGUGAAGUUGUCGUCUUCUCUGUGAUAAAUGAGCAUCGUGUGGGGAGGUACUUUGAGACUGGGCACAUAAUCUGUGUCUCAUGCAUUCACCCUCUGAUUUUAGCGUCCAUGGGUAUAAGAAUUACUACUACGGUGACCAGAUAGUGAUUUUUCUGUCCCCUUAUUUUCUUCUUAUUGGAGUGGUGCUGUAAGGAGCACCAGUAUCUCAGAACAUCCGUGGUGGCACUGGCUCUAACUUCAGUGGGACCUUCAGAGGUUUGGGAGCUUCCCAGAGCUUGAAGCGGAGGAACCACAAGGCCUUGUCCACUGUGCCUACACCCUUGGCCCUGUAAGUGGCCAAAUAUGUGGCCUUUGUGUAUUGGCCCCAGGUUAUCUCUUCACUGCAAACUCAGGACCAUCUGCUCAAAAGCCUACCCGCAGUACCACGUUUUCACUUGGCCAGUUCUUUUAAAGAUUGUCCAGACAAGCCAAUUUGUAGCCAUCUAUAGGCUGCCCACUUUGUGUACCCUUUAAGCCUCCCCUCACAUCUGCUGGCUCCAAGACUACAACCGUUUUGGCCUUUGCUCGCUGAACCAGGCCUUCCCACCCUCGGGGAUGCAUUAACUGACCACCCCAGGGCCCUGUCCCUGGAAGCUUCCUGAAUCUUCUCCUCUGUGUGGUCCAAUUUCCUCCCACUGUGACCUGUCCAAGAGCUGCCUGAUAAAAGAUUCCUGCAUCAGUGCCUCCGCUCCACUCGUGGUCACCUCUUCCCCAGAUCAGUCCUUGAGUCCCUCAGCCCCCUACACGAUGUCUCUGUGUCACUAGGUAUGAAAAUUAGUUGUGAAUAGGUCAGAUAAAUCCCUAGCAGUUAAUAUUGUUAGCAUGCUGUAUUAGUCAGCUUCCCAUCCGCUGGGGCACAACCCCCGACACCCACAAUUUAAAGGAGGAGUGGUUUCGUUUGGUUCACAGUUUCAGCAGAUCCAGUCCAUGAUCAGCUGGCUCAAAGGGAGAAACAUCAUGGCAAGAGGGCCUGGUGGCUACAAAGCGGAUCGGGGGGCAGUGCCAGGGAGGAGGGUGAGGGAUUGAAUGUGGAUCCAAGGCCAUAUUCCCUGACCCUCCGGGCACACUCAAAACUGCUUUACUGAUCCCUCAGGUGGCUUCCGAGGCAGUCAAGUGACACACUUAAGCUUAAGGACCAUACAUGUGCUGGAAUUUGAACACAGAUUCUUUAUAGUCUACUGAUUUUGCUGAUGUUGGUUAAUCACAAAGAGAUCAGCUUUCUCGGCCAGUGAUUUCCAACCUGGUCACAAUUCCUGAUGCACAGGCGUCCAGGGUUAGAGAUCCUCAGUGGUGAAGAAUCUUCAAUAGAAUUAACCUGCUUUAGAAAUCCAGCUCAGCAUUCUCCAAGUGUUUUCCUCCAGCCACUGGCCAGGCCUUCAGCUGUUUCAUAAAAAGAGUAAAGAACAUUCUUCAGCAAUUUUGUACUGUCCAUUUCUAACCUCGAAGAUAAAAAAGCAUAAUGAAAUAAUGAAAAACACUGAAAAGUUCUAAAUAGCAUUGAGAAAGUCUAAUAAUAAUAUAAUACUAUAAAUUAUAAUAAAUAUAGAAUCAUAAAUCUCUUUCAAUCUGUGUCACCCAGUAUUUCCCCUAAUUAUAAACCAUGGAACAAUUCUAUCUGUAAUAAUUAUUAACGUCACAUAGGACAAGUUCUAUAGCCCAUCGGUAAAUGCUCAUGAAAUUGGCUUGACCAUCAGCGGGAAAAGCAUUUGACAGUGUGAAGAUGCAUUUGUAAUCUGGACUUACAUAAACACUCAUGAUUGUAUACUUUGCUGUAUUUUCUUGUGUGCUUUUGCAUUUGUUUGCAUUUGUGGUGCUGGGGAUGGAACCAUUGUAAGUGCCAGGCAAGCUAGGUGGGUGCUGCACCACCCCGUCAUGCUUUCCAAACUGGUGAAUGCCUGUGUUGGUAAACGUAGAUAUGUGAAUUUGUGCAUGCAUUUUAAAUGUAUUCCUCCUACAGAGAAGGGAUCUACUCCAUGUUGACCAAGGCAAAUAAUGUACUAUUCAAUUGCUACAGAUCAGAGGUUGCUUUUGAGUUUCUAGACUCUGUUACUGGACAUACCCACCUACCCAGCCAAGAACACCAACAUCCAGAGCAAACAUUUGAACAAAGACACAUGGAAGGUUCUGGUGACGCUCGGAAGUUCACCUUGGUGGCUGCCUUUAGGGGACCUGCUUUUGUUCCCCAUCUAGUCAGCAAGUCAGACAGACAGAUGCUUCGCCAAUAAAUAGAAAUGUGCGGCAGCAUUAGGAGAAUCCCAAGGGUGGGCCCUGAGAUGUGGGCCGCCCUGGUGGGGUCUCAGCCUGGAUCAUCCUGGUGCCCAGC